AUGAAGCGAAAAGCCGAGAAACAACAAUCCGCCGCUCCAGUCAGCGCUAUGAGCGCUGUCGCGGCGCGCAAAGCUCGGCAGCAACAAGCGCAAGCUGCGAAGACCGAAGUCACCGUCGAGAUUACGAACGAGCCACCUACGAAACGACCCCGAAGGUCUCUUGAGGGGCAACAGGUCACCCCCAAUGGCGAAGAAUCUAAAGGACCCCGCACGAGGUCGUCGACGAAGCAAGAGGCACCCUCGCCUGCAGUGACAAGGGCUGCGCGGCAAAAGAAGUCUUCAAAGUCUGAGCAAUUGGAACCCCAGUCCAAUAGGGUGGUUGAAGAGAAUGGGGAUUCAGAGCAGGAAGAAAUUGAGCAGGAUCAAACCGAGGUCGAGGAGGAAAUGGCAGAAGAUGAGGUCGCGUCUGUCAUUGGAGACGCUGAUGGAUAUGAAUCGCCUGCGGAGACUCCAGCAGAGCUCCAAAACUUCCCUCUGUCCAAAGCACGGCUGAACAAGAGCAAUAUCCUGUACGCGGAUGACGAUGCCAUGUGCGUUCGUAUCAAAGAGAAGACGAACUUGGCGUUGUUGGGACAGUAUGAUAUUUGGGUUAAACGAGGAGUUGUGAGCCUCAUGGGUGCUAAGCUACACCCAUCUGCCCGAGCCUAUAGGGUUUACGCUCCUUCAACCCAUUCCUUGCCGGUCAUCAAAUGUGUCUCCGGUGUCGAGGGCGAGGCAGAGGUCGAAAUCAAGUCUUGCAAAAGUGGCAUUGCUCGCCUACGAGAUAUCUCACCCAUCUAUCAGAAGAUUUGGAAUGGGCAAAAUACGGCCGCAGAUAAAUUCACUUUGAAAGGUGCCCUCAAAGAUUCGCGACGAACCUUCUCUGUGCUGUAUACCUCCGCAGACGAUCCUUUAAAAAGACAUCUGCGCCCCCUUCAUCUCGACAAGAAGUGGAGUGCAUCUAUGAAGGCACUCUCCCAGAGACAUGGCCGACUACGAGUUCUGGUUUGCGGUCCAAAGGCCUCGGGGAAAUCAACUUUCAGUCGCUACCUACUGAACCACGUCCUCAGCCCAGCCCCAGAAACUGAAAAUGGUUACAUUAAUACCGACGGCUGUGCGUUCCUUGACUUAGACCCCGGCCAGCCCGAGUUCGCACCCAUGGGGCAAGUCUACCUUGCGCAUUUACGCGCUCCAUUCUUUGGACCUCCGUUCACCCACCCCUCUCUCGAUGACUCCCGUGAUGGCCAGAUUUUGCGAGCUCACCACAUCGGGGCAACGUCACCUAAAGAAGACCCGGACCACUAUGCUCUGGCUACCAUGGAUCUCAUGGAGCAAUAUCGGUCCUUGUUAACAAGGUACCCCCAGUGCCCAUUGAUCAUCAACUAUCCCGGCUGGAUCUUUGGACAGGGACUUGAAGUGGCGACUUGGCUGAUCAAGACUCUCGGUCUAUCCGAUGUUGUGUAUAUGAGUGAGAAGGGGCCUUCAGAAGUCGUCGAGCCUCUGUCCAUGGCUGCCAACGAGGCUCGGGUUCAGAUGACCGUUCUGCCAUCGCAGCCUACGGACUUUGUGAGCCGAUCCAGCGCUCAAUUGCGCUUGAUGCAGAUCCAAUCUUACUUCCACAUGUCUCACCCUAGUGGCCUUAACAAUCCACUUUGGUCGGAUGCACCUCUCUCCCGGACGAGGCCUAUCACCGUGGACUACGCGGGUGAUAAGCAGGGAAUUCUAGGCAUAAUGGUCUUGGGAUCCCACAUCAACCCUGCAAUGCUUCGCGAGGUUCUCGAAGGAGCGAUUGUCGGAGUCGUUGCAGUUGAAUCUCCGAGUGCCAUCAUGGGCACAGCUACUCAUUCAUCAACAACCAAGCCGGCUGAUGACGAUAACGAAGACGAUAUUGAUGCAGAUGAAGAUAUUGAAAUGAACUCGGGCGAAGAGCAAGCCGAGAAUGCCGCUUCUGAGUCCAUGGCCGACAGCGUCUCCCGAACUCCCGAGGAAGACCUUCCCUACCUUUGCGUUGGUACUGGCACCUCCGUCCCUCUGAACCCCAGUGCCUCAAACUGCCUAGGGCUGGCCUUGAUCCGAUCCGUCGAUGUCGCAUCGCGUAGACUGGAACUCUCUACGCCUAUUCCAUCGUCCCGUCUGUCUGACGCUAUUGAGCAAGGGCAUGAGCUUGUCCUGGUUCGUGGCCAAGUGGAUAACCCUAACUGGGCUAUUAGCGAGGAAUAUUACGCAGCACGAGCCGCCGAGAGGCGAUAUCAGAAAUCAAUUGCCCGAGGAAAGAAGGCCAACGAUCCUGCAGCUGGUAAGGAAGAUGAGAGCAAGACACUUGCAGUUCUGCGCGAGAGAAUCCGCCGUGCAAGCAAUGUGCCGUGGAUGACGGUAGUUGAGGAUAAUAGUCGCCGCCAUCGUGAAGCUGCGGCGCAGCGUGAAAAGUCGCUGUGGAAAUUGAGGAAGAAGGCAUAUCCAGGUAGUGAGAGCGAGACUGACUGGUAA